AUGUCGUCUACUUUGACGUCAUGGGAUCAUGGCGGCAUGCGUGGCUGGACGUUGUCUUUCUCUUUUCGGACAGACAAAGAGCAGGAUAACCCAGUAUACAUUCCAAUAGAUCGCCUCACCGUGUCUUAUAGUCGAAGCGGCGGUCCUGGUGGUCAACAUGUCAAUAAAGUCAACACGAAAACAGAGAUCAGAUUCCAUGUGUUAACUGCAGAGUGGAUCGCCGAAGACGUGCGAGAGAAAAUCUUGGAAAAGAACAAAAACCGAAUCAACAAGGCUGGUGAGUUGUUGGUGACUUCAGAACUUAGCAGAAGCCAGCACAGGAACUUCAACGACUGUAUACAGAAGAUCUCAGCCAUUAUUGCUGAAGCUAGCGAGAAGCCACACGAGGCCACGCCGGAAGAUAUUGCCCUCAGGAAAGCUAGGUUAGACAAGAGAAACCAGGAGCGAAUUAGACAGAAGAAGAUCCAUUCUGCUACCAAACAGAGCAGGCGACUAGAGUUUGAUUGA